CCCCGCCCCCCGCGCCGGGGCGGGGAGGUCGCUCCGGUCGGGUGUCGCCUGAGAACCGGAUGAGGCGGAUGAGGCGGCGACUGUGAGGCCGAACCGGGAGCUGGCGUCGUCUCGCCGAGUCCCGGGGACGGGUCGGGGUGGGGGGAAAGCAACGGCCACUGACGUCGCGGGGCCGGGUCGUUGAGGAGAAAGUCCGGGAAGGUUAGGACACAGGCCGGGAGCGCCGGGCGCUCGGGCGGAGGGCCGGACCGCCGGCGCCAUGGGCAACCGCGGGAUGGAAGAGCUGAUCCCGCUGGUCAACAAGCUGCAGGACGCCUUCAGCUCCAUCGGCCAGAGCUGCCACCUGGACCUGCCGCAGAUCGCCGUGGUGGGCGGCCAGAGCGCCGGCAAGAGCUCGGUGCUCGAGAACUUCGUGGGCCGGGACUUCCUUCCCCGCGGCUCAGGAAUCGUCACCCGGCGGCCUCUCAUUCUGCAGCUCAUCUUCUCAAAAACAGAAUAUGCCGAGUUUUUGCACUGCAAGUCCAAAAAGUUUACAGACUUCGAUGAAGUUCGGCAGGAAAUCGAAGCAGAGACAGACAGGGUCACGGGGACCAACAAAGGCAUCUCCCCAGUGCCCAUCAACCUGCGGGUCUACUCACCACACGUGUUGAACCUGACCCUCAUUGACCUCCCGGGCAUCACCAAGGUGCCAGUUGGGGACCAGCCCCCCGACAUUGAGUACCAGAUCAAGGAAAUGAUCCUGCAGUUCAUCAGCCGGGAGAGCAGCCUGAUCCUCGCUGUCACGCCUGCCAACAUGGACCUGGCCAACUCCGAUGCCCUGAAGCUGGCCAAGGAGGUGGACCCCCAAGGCUUGCGGACCAUUGGAGUCAUCACCAAGCUGGACCUCAUGGACGAGGGAACCGAUGCCAGGGAUGUCCUGGAGAACAAACUGCUCCCCUUAAGAAGAGGCUACAUCGGUGUGGUGAACCGCAGCCAGAAAGACAUCGAGGGCAAGAAGGACAUCCGUGCGGCCCUCGCGGCCGAGAGGAAGUUCUUCCUCUCCCACCCCGCUUACCGGCACAUGGCCGACCGCAUGGGCACUCCGCACCUGCAGAAGACCCUGAAUCAGCAACUGACCAACCACAUCCGGGAGUCGCUGCCAUCCCUGCGCAGCAAGCUGCAGAGCCAGCUGCUGUCCCUGGAGAAGGAGGUGGAGGAGUACAAGAACUUCCGGCCUGAUGACCCCACGCGCAAAACCAAAGCCCUGUUACAGAUGGUCCAGCAGUUUGGCGUGGACUUUGAGAAGCGGAUCGAGGGCUCGGGAGACCAGGUGGACACGUUAGAGCUGUCGGGAGGCGCCCGCAUCAAUCGCAUCUUCCACGAGCGCUUUCCCUUUGAGCUGGUCAAGAUGGAGUUUGACGAAAAAGAUCUGAGACGGGAGAUCAGCUAUGCCAUUAAGAACAUUCAUGGUGUCAGGACGGGGCUCUUCACCCCCGACAUGGCAUUUGAAGCCAUUGUGAAAAAACAGAUUGUAAAACUCAAAGAGCCAAGUUUGAAGUGUGUUGACCUCGUGGUCUCAGAGCUGGCCACAGUCAUUAAAAAAUGUGCCGAGAAGCUCAGCUCCUACCCCCGCUUGCGAGAGGAGACAGAGCGGAUCGUCACCACCUACAUCCGGGAGCGCGAGGGGAGAACCAAGGACCAGAUCCUGCUUCUGAUCGACAUCGAGCAGUCCUACAUCAACACGAACCACGAAGACUUCAUUGGAUUUGCCAAUGCCCAGCAAAGGAGCACACAACUGAACAAGAAGAGAGCCAUCCCAAACCAGGGGGAGAUCUUGGUGAUCCGCAGGGGCUGGCUCACAAUCAACAACAUCAGCUUGAUGAAGGGGGGCUCUAAGGAGUACUGGUUUGUGCUGACGGCCGAAUCGCUGUCCUGGUACAAGGACGAAGAGGAAAAGGAGAAAAAGUACAUGCUGCCUCUGGACAACCUCAAAAUCCGCGAUGUGGAAAAGGGCUUCAUGUCUAACAAGCACGUGUUCGCCAUCUUCAACACGGAGCAGAGGAAUGUCUACAAGGACCUGCGACAGAUCGAGCUGGCUUGCGACUCCCAGGAAGAUGUGGACAGCUGGAAGGCCUCAUUCCUGAGAGCCGGGGUCUACCCCGAGAAGGACCAGGCUGAGAGCGAGGACGGAGCUCAGGAGAACACGUUCUCCAUGGACCCGCAGCUGGAGCGGCAGGUGGAGACCAUCCGCAACCUGGUGGACUCGUACGUGGCCAUCAUCAACAAGUCCAUCCGCGACCUCAUGCCAAAGACCAUCAUGCAUCUCAUGAUCAACAACACGAAGGCCUUCAUCCACCACGAGCUGCUGGCCUACCUGUACUCCUCGGCUGACCAGGGCAGCCUCAUGGAGGAGUCGGCCGACCAGGCUCAGCGGCGGGACGACAUGCUGCGCAUGUACCACGCGCUCAAGGAGGCGCUGAGCAUCAUCGGGGACAUCAGCACCAGCACCGUGUCCACGCCCGUGCCCCCGCCCGUGGACGACACCUGGCUCCAGAGCGCUGCCAGCCACAGCCCCACCCCCCAGCGCCGGCCUGUGUCUGGUGGGCACCCCCCAGGUCGGCCCCCUGCAGUGCGGGGCCCCACACCCGGGCCCCCCCUGACGCCCGUGCCCGUGGGGGCCGCAGCCUCCUUCUCCGCACCCCCCAUCCCCUCCCGGCCGGGACCCCAGAGUGUGUUUGCCAACAACGACCCCUUCUCGGCUCCGCCGCAGAUCCCGUCUCGACCCGUGCGGAUCCCCCCAGGCAUCCCCCCCGGGGUACCCAGCAGAAGACCCCCGGCCGCGCCCGGCCGCCCCACCAUUAUCCGGCCAGCCGAGCCCUCCCUGCUCGACUAGGCCGCGUGGGGCGCGUUGUCGGGGUGCAGGAGCCUCAGUGAUCUGGGCCGCUCCCCGCCCGCGCUGGGACCAGGCUCUGGGGGGAGGGGUGCAGCCCCUUCUGCCCUAGCUUCCCCCCAUUUCUGGCUGGACACCGCACUGAGGAGCCCCAGGCCAGGGGCUUUGCACUUUGGGGACAGGGUGGGGCUUGGGGACCGUCCCCCCGAGCCACCCCAGAGGACGGCUGUCGGCUGGCAUGCAGCUCUGCCUGGCCUCUAUAGUUUGGGGGGGACCCCAGGUAGAGCAGGGAAGCUGGAUCACCAAGGCCCAUGAAUCCUGCUGGGGUUUGGGGGGUACAGGGCCCCCCCAAACACGGCCGCCCGCCUGGCCCACGCUGUACAUAUUCCUUCUCGGCCGUGUGAGCCGCAGCCUGGCCGCUCCGGCUGCCAGCGGUGCCUUUGCCAACCCCGAGCCCGGGCCGGCCCCGCCUCAGCCCCCCUCUUCCUCCUGGGGCUCUGUGGGAGGGGGAGGGGGGCCCCGCCCGGGGUGGGCUCGGGCACCCCCUCUUCUGAGCAGAACUUCAGCUCGCUCACUCCUCGCUCGGUUUGACCACUGUAAGUGCCUGCGCUCUGUAUCCUAUUAAUAAACUAAAAUAAAGGGAAGUUUCUGGUG